GGUUGUUUUCGGCAUUUCGUUUUCCAUUAGUGUGAAAUUAUUUAAUAAAAAUUAAGUUAAUAUAAUAAAUUUUUGUUAAAUAAUACUAAACACUAUGGCUCAUAUAAGAGAAACAGCCGACAAGGCUUUAAAAAUGUUGCGCACUUUGCCGAGAGUACAAAUUGGUAAUUUAAGACCCAAUCCAAAUUCUAAACAAAAUGAUAAAAGAGGUCGUGCCCAGCAUGGUGGUGAUAAACAUGGUGCCGGUAAUAAGGGUUCGGGACAAAGACAAAAUUUUAUGCGUCUUGGUUAUGAAACAGGCAAUACCCCCUUCUAUAUACGUUUCCCCUAUGAACCCUAUUAUAAGGGACACCAUUUGAGAAGACAAUAUCCACAAAUUUCCCUUUUGCAAUUGCAAGUAAUGUUGGACACCAAUCGCAUAGAUGCCAAACAACCAAUUGAUUUAAGCACCUUGUGUAAUACUGGCUUGGUUACAUUCAAUCCCGCAUCCAUGGAAUUUGGUUUUCAUUUAACGGACGAGGGAGCCGACAAAUUCAAGUCAAAAAUUUGUAUUGAGGUGCAGCAUGCUAAGGAAUCUGUUAUAGCUGCCAUAGAACGUAAUGGUGGUGUCAUACGUACAGCUUAUUAUGAUCCCAGAAGUUUACAUGCCUUGAAAAAUCCCGAAAAAUGGUUCGAAAAGGGUGUACCCAUUCCCAAGAGAUUGUUACCACCUCAAGAUGCUAUAGGCUACUACACAUCAGCAGAAAGUCGUGGCUACUUGGCGGAUCCAGAAGAAAUCAGUAAACAUCGUUUGGUUUUGGCCCAAAAGUAUGGUUAUGAGUUGCCUAAAAUUGAAGAGGAUCCCGAUUACGAAAUGCUUUCAUCCAUGAAAGAUGCCAGACAAUUGUUCUAUGGCUUGGAACCAGGCUGGGUGGUUAAUGUUAAAGAUCAAACGAUAAUUAAACCCAUAAAAAGUAAAGAGUAAUCCUUGGAGGAAAUGAUCAUUGUUUAAGUGAGACUUUAUAUUAAAUAAUUGUUUUUAAAAUUCACAAAAUAAAUGUUAAAAAAAAAACGUAAAUAUAAA